AACAACGGCUGACACCUGUUCAUAUUUGUACAAUCAUCGUUCUCUGCUUCAUCUGUUCUUCCCUUUCUCUUGGCAGGAAAUUCACAAUUAUCUUUUAGUCGGGUGCUCAAAUCGCUCUCUCUCUCUCUCGCUCUCUCUCUCUGUGCUCGAAGUAGCUGAGGGUUUCCUCUUCCUUUUCCCUUUUGCCGAAUAGUGACUGUGAAGUUUCUCAAUUCGGAGUCGGGCUUCAGUUCUGGAAAUUUUCUUGGUGGGCAAUGGAGGGGACUGUUCAGGGGCAGCUUUUCGGCACGGAGAUUCAUGGGUUCCAUACAUUGCAAGUUCUUCAAGUCUGAAGUGGGUUCUAGGCUCUGUUUAGCCCACCGUGGUAUGCGCCAAUAAGACCACCGAAAGCCUUUUGUGGCACUAGUGGUACACAGAAGUCAUGGGUGAUCAUUGGUCCGAUGCUUCAGGCGAAACCAAUUCCCAGGGUGUCACGGGUGGUGUGUACAGGGCCUGGGUGCAUAUUCACUUGCGGCAUGCUGAUCCACGAUUACUAGCAAUUCCAACUUCAUGUUCUCGAGUUGCAGAGAACAAUCCAAAAUGAGAUUUGGAUAUUCGCAGUAUCAUGGAGGAAGCCCCAACGAGGUGGCUUCGUCCAAACGAGAUUCAUGCAAUACUCUGUAAUUACAAGUAUUUCAGCAUCAGCGUGAAGCCAGUAAAUUUGCCGAAAAGUGGAGCAAUCAUCCUAUUCGACCGGAAGAUGCUCAGGAAUUUUCGAAAGGACGGCUAUAACUGGAAGAAGAAAAAGGAUGGAAAGACCGUCAAAGAAGCCCAUGAGCAUUUGAAGGUUGGUACCGAAGAAAGGAUACAUGUGUAUUAUGCACAUGGCCUAGAUAAUCCAACCUUUGUUCGUCGAUGUUACUGGCUUCUCGAUAAGGCAUAUGAGCACAUAGUCCUUGUCCACUAUCGUGAUACACGAGAGCAAUCACAAAAUUCCCCAGCAACUCCUGUAAAUUCAAACUCUAGCUCAAUCUCCGACCCGCCUGCUUCUUGGCCUUUAUCAGAAGAAUUUGAUUCAGGAGCUAAUCAGACUCUUUAUCACUUAGAAAAACAUGUCACAGUGCCUGAUGAUAGUUUGACAUACAAGAGUCAUGAGAUGCAGCUUCAUGAGAUCAAUACACUUGAAUGGGAUGAGCUUGUAACUGAUGAUUCCAACAAUUUCGGUGCACCUAGAGGAGGCAGCAUUUCUCAUUCUGAUCAACAAUAUAUUGCAGAACAUAAGGUAAGCUUAUUGGUCGAAUCUUCUCGACUUGGCGAUUUAAGUGAUUCUGUGACUAAGAUGGGUUUUCAGGUGGAGUCAAAAAGGGAUUCCGAACUGGGCACCAACAAUCCCAUGGAAGUCUUGGUGAACGAUGGGUUGCAGAGUCAGGAUAGUUUUGGAAGGUGGAUGAACCGCAUUAUAACCGACUCUCCUGGCUCAGUUGAUGAUGCUUUGAUUGAGUCCUCACUCUCUUUCAGUUGCUAUUCAUCUGGCUCCUCACAAGUUGAUAUUCAGCAGUCUCCUGGUCCUGGGCAAAUAUUUAGCAUUACUGAUGUUUCUCCUUCAUCGGUCUUGUCGAAUGAGAAGACUAAGAUUCUUGUCACUGGAUUCUUCCAGGAAGGAUACCUUCAUCUCUCAAAGUCCAAUCUUUUCUGUAUCACUGGCGAUGUCUGCGUUCCUGCUGAAAUAAUCCAAGUCGGUGUUUACCGGUGCUUACUAACUCCUCAACCCGCUGGGCUUGUCAACUUAUAUUUGAGCUUUGAUGGGCACAAACCGAUCUCUCAAGUACUAAACUUCGAGUACCGGGAUCCACCACCCCAUGCAUCUGCAGUAGAAUCUUCGAAUGAGGAAAAAAUAGAACAAGAGUUCCUAGUUCAGAUGAGGCUCGCCAAAUUACUAUUGUCAACUCCUAAGUGCCUUGACAUAGCCUCAAGUAAGAUCUCACCGAGCACUCUAAAGGAAGGGAGGAAGUUUGCUUCCAAGACAUCGAAUCUGAUGAAGAGCUGGGAGUAUUUGAUCAAAUUGGUUGAGGACGAGAAAGCUUCGUUUGCUCGGGCCAAAGAAAGUUUGUUCGAGCUCAUGCUGAAGAGCCGAUUGAGGGAAUGGUUAUUGGAGAGACUCGUUGGAGGGUUUAAAAGCUCGGAACUUGACAGUCGUGGUCAAGGGGUUAUUCAUUUAUGUGCCAUUUUGGGUUACACAUGGUCGGUCCAACUUUUUUCAUGGUCAAGUCUUUCAUUGGAUUUUCGCGAUAAGUUCGGGUGGACAGCUCUUCAUUGGGCAGCUUAUUAUGGCAGGGAGAAAAUGGUUGCAAGCCUAUUAUCUGCCGGGGCAAAGCCAAAUCUGGUGACUGACCCCACUCCUGAGAACCCGGGUGGUUCCACGGCAGCCGACCUGGCAUCCAGGAAUGGACAUGAGGGACUUGCCGCCUACCUUGCGGAGAAGGGCCUUGUCCAGCACUUCAAGGACAUGUCCCUAGCAGGCAACAUCAGCGGGUCCCUCUCGGACUCGUACGACGCAUCAGCUUUGUCAGCCUUGGCCAAUGAGAACAAUAAUUUGACAGAGGAUGAGCUUUACUUGAAGGACACCCUCGCAGCCUACCGGACAGCUGCCGAUGCGGCUGGAAGGAUCCAGUCAGCAUUUAGGGAGCACUCGCUGAAGAUCAGGUCGAAGCAUGUGCAGUUCUUGAAUCCUGAGGAAGAGGCAAGGAGUAUCAUCGCAGCCAUGAAGAUUCAACAUGCAUUCAGGAACUACGAGGUGAAGAAACAGAUGGUGGCUGCCUCCAGGAUCCAGCAUCGAUUCCGGACGUGGAAAUUGAGGAGGGAGUUCCUUAACAUGCGUCGUCAUGCCAUUAAGAUUCAGGCCGCUUUCAGGGCCUUCCAAGCACGGCGACAGUACGUGAAAAUUGUUUGGUCUGUUGGGGUGCUUGAGAAAGCAAUUCUUCGGUGGCGUUUAAAGAGGAAGGGCUUCCGUGGGCUGCCCAGUGAUCCGUUGGUUCCAGAUCAGACUACACAACAGAGUGACACCGAAGAGGAUUUCUUCCAGGUCAGCAGGAGGCAGGCUGAGGAACGGGUCGAGCAAUCUGUUGUUCGUGUCCAGGCGAUGUUCCGUUCGAAGAAGGCCCAAGAAGAGUACCGAAGGAUGAAGUUGGCCCACGUUGAAGCUGAGCUAGAGUAUGAGGAGAUGUGGGAUCACGAUGCCAGCAUGGAGAGGUAAACCUCUGCAGGGUCUCGCUGCCAUUAAGUGGAAUCGAGAACUUGAAGCUUGUGUUCAAUAGCUUUGUACAGCUUGUAAAAUCUGUUGUCUUAGAGUAAGUGCUGUCCUGAGCCUCUCAUAGCCAUUUUAAGAUCCUGAGGGGUGUCCGGUCUUUUCAGUUGUUUAUGGAACCAUUCACUUCCUUGUAACGUACAAAGAUCCCUAAACAGACCUCCUGGGUGUAUGAAUCGAAUGAAAGUUUUCCCCGUAUUGUCCCCGCC